ACUUCCGGGUUGUCAGAGCAGAAAACAAGAGGGGCAACAACAACAACACGCCCACGACACCGAGCAAAGCGGAUUAAAGUCCCGCAGAGAUGGCAGGGGAGGCUGAGAACGGGAUACCAGAAUCAGGAGCAGUUUUCACUUUUGGAAAGAGCAAAUUUGCCGACAACAUCCCAAGUAAAUUCUGGCUUAAGAAUGACGUCCCCAUAAAGAUAGCCUGCGGGGACGAACACACCGCCUUAAUAACAGAAAAUGGGAAACUCUUCAUGUUUGGCAGCAACAACUGGGGCCAGCUUGGUCUGGGGUCCAAAGUGACUGUGAACAAGCCUACUUGUGUCAAAGCUCUAAAGUCUGAGAAAGUUCAGCUCGUGGCCUGUGGAAGAAACCACACUCUCAUCUGCACAGCUCAGGGAAAAGUGUUCGCCUCGGGCGGGAACAGCGAGGGUCAGCUGGGGCUCGGCGACUGCGAGGAGAGGACAGCCUUCCAGAGGAUCGCCAUCUUUGAUUCACACGGACCAAUCAAAAUGCUCGCUGCCGGUUCCAACACCUCCGCUGCUCUCACAGAGAGCGGUAAACUGUUCAUGUGGGGCGACAACACGGAGGGUCAGAUCGGUUUGGGGAAGGAGAGCCACGCCUCCUCGCCACAGGAAGUCAACGUGGGACGACCAAUCAGCUGGGUGUCCUGCGGAUACUACCACUCUGCCUUAGUGACGGUCGACGGAGGUCUGUACACGUUUGGCGAGCGAGACAGCGGCAAACUGGGUCUGGGCACGGACCAGCUGGCCCGGCACAGAGUCCCUCAGCUGGUGAAGAGCAUCAAGGAGCCGGUGAUACAGGUGGCCUGCGGAGGCGGACACACGGUGGCGCUCACAGACGACGACGUGUUCACGUUCGGUCUCGGUCAGUUCGGACAGCUCGGUCACGGGACGUUUAUCUUCGAGUCACGGCUGCCGCGGCCCGUCGAGCACUUCAGGAAGGGACGAGUGUGUCAGGUGACCUGUGGAGAGAACCACACUGCUGUCGUCACAGACUGCGGUUUGCUGUACACGUUUGGAGACGGCAGACACGGCAAACUGGGCCUGGGAGAAGAAAACUUCACUAACCAGUUUAAACCAACUCUGUGUCCGCGGUUCCUCAAGUACAACGUUCAGGCAGCGACGUGCGGCGGCUGUCACAUGGUGGUGCUGGCGCGGCCGAGGGAUCCCGAAUGCGGCGAUGUGAUUUUGGAGGACGACGACGUGACGGAAGAUUUCCUGGAGAAGCCGUGCGUGGAGCUGCUGGGGGGGACGGCUGACUCCUCCACCCUGCAGAGGAGCCUCUCUGCUCGGGUUCGCAGGAGGGAGAGGGAAAGAUCUCCGGACCAGUUCGGUGCCAUGUUCCGCACGCUGCCCGCCAUGAUGUCUGGCUACCUUCACCCUCCGCUGCCCAUCUCCAGCCAGACCAUCCCGCCUAGACUGCCUCCGCCUGAGCUGAGCCACAGAAAGACAGGGGGCGAGACAGACAGCGUUGUGGAGAGCCUGACCGACACCGACAGCGUUAAAGGCCUGGGAGACACCACAGACUUCCUCAACAUGACACAUGUGAUGAAGAUGGACCCCAGUGAUAAAACACUCACUCUGUCUCCAGUUCAGAAGAGAAAGGGUAAGCAUGGUAAAGGGCAGAAAGAGAACCAAAAAAAGGAGAGAAAGCUCUUGAAGGAGAGCAGUUUCUCUUCCACUUCCCCGUCUCAGAAGAGCGAGACUGUUUCUCCUCGCCGGGCGUUACCCACUGAGCUCCUGAGGGGCCACAACGCUCGCUCUCUGGCCUCUCAGAGCUCACAGAGACAGAAAACAGCCAUCCAGAACAAAGAGAAUCUGAUCAUGGCCAUAGAAGAUCUGCAGAGGACACCCAGUAAAAACAAACCUCCGAGUGUAGGGGACAUUAGGAAGGCAGCGUCCAAACAGCGGCUCAGGCAUGUUCAGGGGAAAAGCCAGCUGAUAGAGGUUGGCAGGAAGCUGCUACCAGACUCUGAACAAAGUCCUGAACCAAAAAAGACAGAAUCUGAAUCUGAAUCUGCGUUGGCCAAAGUGAAGCAAGUGCAGCCUCAACCUGUCAGGGUGAAAAGCAAACCGAUAGUUGUGCAAAGUCAACGUGCAGGAGUUAGCUCGCCAGGGAAACGCAGUCGCACAGACUCACCUGAGUUUCAUCUGAGUGACGCCUUGAAUGAAGAGAGCUUACGUAGCCCUCGGCUGCUCUCUGAGGUGAAAAAAAACUCAGAUGAGAAAAACAAAAAAGAGGCUCAGUCAAAAAAAGGCUCUAGAGUGGCAACACAAAAACAGAAAGGGGCGUCAGACCUCGGCCUGCUCGCUGGAGCAGCCUCUCUCGCAGCGGGAUCGGUAUUAAUGCACGAGGUGGCCUCCAGAAGACGUUUUAGCUCGGCGUCGCCAUCCCCAUCCGAGAGCAGCCGGGGCAUCCUGAAAGACAGCAUCACAAAAUCCCAGAGCGAGGAAUCUGAAUCCUACGCUGCCGAUUUUAGCAACAAAUCUGCGAUCAGCAUCAACAUCAUACCUGCAGCUGAGAGUCAGGACGAGAAGGAAACGAGUCCGGAUGAAAGUGAGGAGGAGAGUAAGGAGCAGACGCACUCUGCAAUGGGCAAACAGGAGGAGGAGGAAGAGGAAGGGCAGAGAACGAGUGCAGAAGUAAGCGAGCAAGAGGAGGAGGAGGAUGAGGAGGAUGUCAGUAACAGUGUCGAGAAAGUAACAGAAGAAGAAGAAGAAGAAGAAGACAAAGACAGUGACACUCUUCAACCAGAAGAUGAGUCAGAAACUGAUGUAGAUGAGGAGGAAGAUGAGAGUGGUGCUGAGGUAGAGGAGGAGGAAGAGGAGGAAGAGGAGGAAGCGAGCGGAGCGGCAGGAAGUGAAAGUGUAGACGAGACUGAGGAGAAAGAGAGCAAAGGCAGUGAUGUAGAGGAGGAAGAGGAGGAGGAGGAGGAAGAAAACGAGAAAGGGUUGAGUCAGGAGAUAGAAAGCAAAGGAAGAGAGUCUGAAAAUUAUGAGGAAGGUGAGGAAGAAGAGGGGGAUUUGGAAAGCGAGGGUGAGGAAGAGGAGGGUGAAAGUGAGUCUUUAAAGUCCUCGGAGGAGAGAGGGGAGAGUGAGGGUGAGGGUGAGACAGAGGGAGGAGAAGAGGAGGAGGAGGAAGAGGAGGAGGAGACCUUUCACACUCAGGCGGGGCUCGCUUUCUUCUUCCAGUCUUUGUAA